ACUAUGACGAUGCCCCACCAUCAUGAGCUUCCUUUUAUAAGAAGGGUGGCUAUGUGGUUUCCGUUUCGCUGAAGCGAUCGGAUUGUUGCUCCCACCCUUGACCCUCCUCCAAAAAGAAGACGAAGAAGCGAUCGCAUCGGAGCUAGGGUUUCGAAAAGGUCUAUUGUAUCCCUUCUGGAAUGGCGACGGAAAACAAGCCUGCGGCAGCUGAGGACGCGAAGAUCGACCUCUUUGAGGAUGAUGAUGAGUUCGAGGAGUUCGAGAUAGACCAAGAAUGGGAUGACAAUGAAGAAGGUAAAGAAGUCAUGCAGCAGUGGGAGGAUGAUUGGGAUGAUGAUGAUGUCAAUGAUGACUUCUCCCUACAGCUGAAGACAGAGCUCGAGAGUAACUCAGAGAAGAGUUAAUUUCUUACCAUGUUUACAGGGAGACGGUUAUUAUGCUCGAUCUUGCAGUAGUCCUAUCUUCCCUUUAGCUGAGAUGUUAAAGAAUGUAGUUCCUUGGCGUUCAAUAUUUGAUUGUUGUGAAGACAUAGUUAUAUAUGAUUAGAUAUUCUUGCCUUAAUGUGAACAAUGUGUUCUCUGGUA